AUGGAAGAAGGAAAUCUCACUAUUGUGGAAGAAUUUGUUAUCCAGGGAUUUUAUGACCUACCUAACUUCCAAGGCUUUCUGUUUGGGAUUUUCACAGUCAUCUACAUGAGUAUUCUGAUAGGAAAUGGCCUCAUCAUUGUCAUAACCAAGAUUGAUCCAGCUCUCCAUACACCCAUGUAUUUUUUCCUAGGGAAUUUUUCCUUUUUGGAAAUCUGUUACACAUCGGUUAUUCUUCCCAGAAUGUUGAUGAACUUGUGGACUCAGAACAGAAACAUUUCUUUAGUGGCCUGUGCUGUACAACUUUGCUUUUUUCUUAUUCUGGGAGCCACUGAAUGCUUCCUCUUGGCUACUAUGGCAUAUGAUCGCUAUGUGGCCAUUUGUAAGCCUCUUUACUAUCAUGUCAUAAUGAACCAAAAAGUAUGUGUCCAGCUGGUGGUUGUAUCCUGGAUAUGUGGGAUCCCAGUACAGAUAGGGCAGACAUAUCAGAUUUUCUCUCUGCCUUUUUGUGGUUCUAACAAACUCAAUCAUGUUUUCUGUGACAUUCCUCCAUUACUGAAAGUGGCCUGUGGGGACACCUCUAUAAAUGAAUUAUUUGUCUAUGCUGUGGCUUUGCUGUUUGUUACAGUACCUUUUCUGUUGAUAAUUUGGUCCUAUGUCAAGAUCAUUGCCACCAUUCUGAAUCUGCCUAUGGGCAUGGGGAGAUCCAAAGCUUUUUCCACAUGCUCAUCCCACCUCAUUGUUGUGGCCUUAUUCUUUGGUUCUGCUAUCAUAACAUAUUUAAGACCUAAGUCCAUACACUCCCCAGGAAUAGACAAAGUGCUCUCACUUUUCUAUACCAUUGUGACCCCAAUGUUUAACCCAUUGAUAUAUGGCCUGAGGAACAAGGACAUCAUUGCUACAUUGAAGAAAAUUUUAUCGAAGUGGAUAAGAAGAAGAGAAAAUAAAGCCUGGUUUCAUGUUUUACCUUGCAGUCUCACUUUCUAUAGAAAUUUCCUUCUUCCUACCUGA